AUGAUCUUUUGCUUUCUUGGUUUUCAUUUUAUCGUUUGUGUCAUCAUCUCAACCUCAUCAUCUUGCAUCGUCUCUUCAUCAUCUAGCACGUAUAUACAACGCAUCUCUUUUGUAUUCGACGUGCACUCAUCAUCGCACCCAUUGUAUGUACACAUACACGUAGUACUAAUCUAUACCUCUCCUCCAGUAUCAAAUUCUGGGCACUGUCGAAAUAUCUGCUUGACAAUUAUGUAA